AGUCAUUCCAGUUGCGUAUCCUGCUGGUGAAACAGCAGCGGACUGAAUCUUCGAUCUUCUUUCUUCGUACCUGACUACCAAGCACCACUGAGCCACCAAGGAUGAGACAACGGCUUAGCACUCUGCUUCUUCUGCUUCACCUUGGCUGUUUAACUUUGGCAUGGGCAAGCAGCAGGCACUUCUGUGGCGACACUUCCGGCCGUGACAUCUGCAACGAUGGCCGCUGGGAUGGCCAUCAGCGCCAGGACGACUACGAUGAGCACAUGGUUUACAGACAAGGCGCGGCGGAGAGUCAGAGGACAGACCGCGUAGAUUCAGUGGCGCGUGAUGAUCGCGGCAAGGAAAGGCGCGAGGAAACAAGGGUUCGGUUGGACUCAUCCCUGCGAGUUGAGGCUCGUGAAGCUCGUAAUGAGCGACGUGAAACUCGAGAAGAGCGGGUACAGCCACGCGAAACUCGUGAAGUUCGAGUGGACCGACGUGCAGCUCGUGAAGAUCAACUAGAGGCUCGCGAAGCUCGUGAUGAGCGACGUGAAUCCCGGGAAGAGCGAGUACAGCCACUCGAAACUCGUGAGGCUCGAGUGGACCGACGUGCAUCUCGUGAAGAUCGAGUAGACCGACGUGAAUCUCGUGAGGAUCGAUUGGAGGGUCGGGAAGCUCGCGUAGAGCGAGUUGAGCAACGCGAAGCUCGUGACAAUCAAGUUGAGCUCCGUGAAAUUCGUGAGAACCGAGAACAUCGACGUGUAACUCCAGAGGAACGAGUCGAGCAACGCGAGAUCCGUGAGGACCGUGUUGAGCGACGUGAAGCUAAGGAAGGGCAACGAGACACUCGUGAGAUGCUGAUGGAUCGGCGGGAGGAGCGCGAAUCGGACAGGCGUGACUUUGAAACUCGGCGUGUAGCAGCGAACGAAAGACGAGUUGAACGCCGAGUAGAACUGGAAAUGUCCAGACGUGAGGAACGCCGUGACGAUCGAGCUAGUCUAGACAGGCAUUUGUCCCGACGCAUGGAACGUGAACAGAUUGAGCGAGACUCUGAGGAACGCAUCGAGAUGGACAAUCAUCGACGAGCAGAAGACCGACGUGUUGAACGACGCGAAGAGCGAGAGAACCGAGUUCGAUUCGUUUUUGAUGUUAGGUCUGACGAAGACAACUCUCGACGAAGCGAAGACAGGAAAGAAGAGCGCGACAAUGAACGCAGCGUGAAGCGACGGGAAGAGCGCAACUCAGCUAGGCGUGUGGACCAAGAUGAAGAUCUCGACAGGGUCAACCACCGUCGAGAAGAGAAUGAAGACGUUCGCCGUGCAGAGCAAGAAUCCUUCCGUCGAAUCGACUUGAGACGAAUGCAGGAAAACGACGGUGCUCGAGAUGAGGAACGAAGGAUUGAGAACAGUAUUAACCGCAGGGAAGAACGCCAAGCUGAACGUACCAAGGAACGUGUAGCAGAGCGCAGGAUGGAGCGUGUCGAAGAGGAAGUAGUACGGGAAGAUACCCGACGAGUUGAGCGAAGAGAAGUACAACGGCGUGUAAAUGGGGAAGAGUUCCGAACUAGUGAACGGCGAGAGGAGCGAGAAGACACACGUCGUGAGGACCGAGAAGACACACGUCGUGAGAACCGAGAAGACACACGUCGAGUCGAGCGCGAUGGUCUGCGAAGAGAAGAACGAGACGAGAAUCUGGUUGAUUUCCGAAGAGAGGAUCUUCGCAGGGAAGAGCGAGAAAACCAAAGGGAAGAUCUUCGCCGAGAACGCCGAGUACAGCGCCGUGAGGGACGUGAUCAUGUUGAACGCGAGCUUUCCAGACGAGAGAUUCGUGAGCCCUUGGAUGAGCGUGUACUUCUUACCUCCCAAGUGAAAACCAAAGGCUGGCUGAGUUAUGGAAAACGAGAACUGCUGAUGACCGGGCAGAUCCUUCUCCUGGCUGCUCUCUACAAGAAGUCCACGGCCAGCGGCAAGGGAUUUGGUCAUGCUCUGAAUGAGCAGAUCCAGGGCUACUUGCAGGCCAUUGGUUGCUAGGAUGCACAAAGGAAAUCGAUGACCCUUCCCAAAUUUGAAAGCCCCGAAUGAGUAAACGGAUAUGGAUCAAGGAAAACAGAAUUACUACCCCCAGAAAAUGCAAACGGACCCGACAGCAAGCGACGAGCAGAGCAGAAUGGGAUGGGUUACUCCGCCGGAGCAUUGUACAAUUUAAUCCAACUGUUACUGUAACCAAAAACAUUCCCCCUACCCUGUUGUAGCCAACAAAAGCAUAACGAAAAUAUAUGAUGGGAUGCUCGAGUAGCCGAGCAUCUGCAAACUGCAUUGCAA